UUAUGAAGCUGCUGCUGCACAAUAAAGCAGACCCGCAUUGAAUUUAUCAGCUGGAUCAUGUGAGCCUGAGAACAGAAAGUAGAGCAAAGUUCACACACCCGCCGUCCGGACCGGGGCCGACCUUUCACCUACUUUCCCCUCGCUUAGCUGACAGCUGCGGCGCUGCUGAAGACAAACAGCCGGCCGGCGUCUACACACAGUGCUGGGCAUCAAGCUACGCGGGGAGAACACUCAGAAAUGUGGAUGAGUACAUUUGCACGUUUUGCCUGUCCUGUCCUGCAAAGGACCGCCCCUCCGAUGGUCCGCAAGGCGCUGGGCGCUUGUCAUAGGAAGGUGUCGCCUGCAGCCGCGCCACGUUUCUGCACGACCCCGGCGCAUCUUCGCGGACAUCACACGCUAGGUUCGGCCUCCCUCCCUGUGGCCGGCCCCUCGGUGAGGCACGUCCGUGCUCUGGAUGAGGAGAGGCUGAUGGCGGUGGAAUGGGAAGACGGAGGCCAGAGCUUGUACCCGUUCACCUGGUUGAGGGAUAACUGCCAGUGUCCACGCUGCACCCUGCAGUCAGCCGAGGCCCGCUUGCUGUUGCUCGCUGAUCUCGACAUCCACACAGGAGUGGAUUCUGUGGAGGUUACCAAAGACAGCAAGGUUUCCAUUGUGUGGCCCGACCAGCACAUGAGCGUGUUUGAUGCAGAGUGGCUGAGAAAACGCUGUUUCUCUGCCGCUGCCAGGCAAGCAAUGCAAGAGGAGCUUUUCCUCAAUGAGCGUUACUAUUGGGACGCGUCGCUGCGUAUUCCCACCGCCGACUUCCAGGACGUCCUGCACGACGACGGGGCGGCGCUCGCCUGGCUGCUGGCCCUGCGUCGCGUCGGCAUCGUCCACCUGAAGGGGGCGCCGGCGGAGCAGGGGCAAGUGGCCCGACUCGCUGAGAGGAUCGGAUAUCUCAGGCUGACGUUUUACGGGCAUACAUGGCAGGUCCAGGACAAAUCCAUGGCAAACAACGUGGCGUACACUUCGGGGAAGCUGAGUCUGCAUACCGACUACCCCGCUCUACACUUUGCACCUGGGGUGCAGUUCCUGCACUGCAUCAACCAGGCGCAGGAAGGAGGGGAGAGCGAGGUGGUGGACGGCUUCCACAUGGCCGAGCAGCUGCAGGCGGAGGAUCCAGAGGCCUUCCGGACGCUCAGCUCGGUGCGCGUGGACUUCACCGACACCGGCACCGACUACUGCGACUUCAUGCUGCAGUCCAAGAACCGCAUCAUCGAUGUCGACUCUGAGGGCAAAGUUACCAAAAUAAACUACAACAACGCCACCAGGGACUCUGUGCUGGACCUCCCCUUACAUCAGGUCCAGCCCUUCUAUGCGGCCCUGAAGGCCUAUGUGGACAUAAUGAACAGACCGAAGAACGUGGUCACCUACACCUUGGAGCCAGGUGACAUCGUGACCUUUGACAACUGGCGUCUGCUGCACGGGAGGAAGAGCUACGUCAGCCGGCCAGACAGGCUGCGGCACUUGGAGGGCGCCUACCUGGACUGGGAUGAGGUGAUGUCUCGUCUCCGGAUUCUCCGCAGAAAUGUCCACGGGGACGACUGAGCCUCGGACUAAAGGUCGCAUUUGCAUAGAAAGCCUUAAAGCAUCAACUGAGAAUCUGAAACUACUAGGAAAGCGACACAUUGUUCUUAAAAAACGCUUAAAACAGACAGAAUUAGAUUAUUAACAUAUUAGACGGCGAGCUAAAAGUAAAGUCUGUUUUAAUAUUGUCUGAAACUUGUGCAACACAACAAUGCAAUGAUGAAAAAGCCUUGUUUUUAGAUUUAAAAGGUGCUUUUGGAAAUAUUUUUAUAUGCUGUCCUGGGUACUUUAAUUUAUUUUUUUCUAAAAUGGCAUUAUUCCCCUUUCUCUGAAUAUCUGGCUCAGAUUUCUUUUUUUUUUCUUUACUAAUUAUUUUUUUAAAUGCUGCCUUUAUUAUUUUGUCUGAUUAUAAAUAUCCGUAAGAGUUGAAAUUGUUUCCUGAUGUUUUAUCACUAAACGCUAGAUUUUACAGGGAAAGACUGCCAGUUUUGACACCAUUGUGGAUUUUAGAUCAUUAUUCAACUUUUAAUACCAGAUAAAGCUGAGUAAAUAAUUUUAUUGAUAAUUACAAUCCAAACCAACCUGGCCCCAACUGUCCCAAACUCCGCCCUCAACUGCAUAACCAAGAAUUCACUUGAAUCCAAUUUGUCAUUAAGUUGGUCUGCGAUUUUUCCGGAAGUUUCCCCAAGUCCAUUUUAUGCGCUCAUGCACAAGACCAUC